AAGUAAAUAACAUUUGUCAAAAAUAUUGUGACAUUUUAAUCUGACCAAGUUUUUCAUAUUUAUAUACUCGUAUUAUAUAUAAGAUUUUAUUUUUAAAAGUGAAUAAAACAUGUCCAAUGCCGGUAGAUAUAUUGAUAGGUGUCCUGUCAUUUGUGCUGCAGGAAAAUCAACUAUUCCAAACACAACAGCGAAAGUAACUUUGCAGGAAUAUAAUCUCAGCGACAAAGUCGACGCGUUAAAACAUGACUUGAAAAUAUUUAACGAGAAAGAAUUGGAUGUACCUUACAGACUGCCACAAAUUGAGAAUGUUAGACAUAGGGGAGCCAAUGAUAGGAUCCUCAAACACCUGACGAUGCCGAAGAAGACCAGGUACCAACAAUUGGUGACCGAUUUGAAGGAAACUACCUAUCGUUCUUACUGGGGGCAACCAUUGGGGCAACCAGCUGAUCCUGUUCCAGGAUUACCACAAGGAAUGGACACUGUCACCACGACAUUUGGGCACAAGCCCUUAGAACAUGUCCCUUUGUACGAGGUGGUUUUUCCCCGAAUACCAAGGUACCAAGUAUUAUGGAAUAGCCAAGUGAAUCAUGAUAAAUAUAAGAAAAUCUAUAACGACUACAAUGUGGGUGAAAAAAUGGACAGGAACUAUUUCAAACCGCCAUACAACCCAGAAAACUGCUUCGGUUACAAAACGAAAAACGACGAGAGAGGACUGGGUGCUAGGUGCGCCAUGAAUUGGUUCAACAUCGAACCUGUCACAAUAGCAUCCAGCAGACAGGUCGACUAUUGGGAUAAGUACCACCUGAAGAUGGGAGAGGUACAUGCCCCCAUCGGAAUCAAAGAUUCAAUGCCCAAGACCCACACCUAUGGUAAACCGUACAAAAUGGAGAUGCACGGAAUGGCAGAGCUUCUGAGGCCUGGGUGUGAGCCUGGCAUACAAAAGAGAGAUGCCCUUGUGAGGAUGGCUUCAUUGAACAUGCUGAGACAAAACAUUAAGAAGAGGUUCACCCCCAGUUUCACCCUGAAUGAUUUAUACGCCAAACUGGCUUACUACGAUAAGGAUAUGUCCAACUUCAUCACCUUGAGGGACUUUUAUCAAGUGAUCGGUUGUCUGAAGAUCAAAAUGAACCGCGAAAAUCUAGAGGACCUCUUCAGGCAAGUUGGCAUAGUCCAGUCGGACAAAAUUGAUUACAGAAGGUUUGUGGAUGCAUUAUCUUUCGAUAUGGAAUUCGAGAAACAGCUUGAUCCGCUCCCAGAAGAAAAGCUUCACUAUUGUACAGAAUCCGCAGCUUCUCGUCUGGACCACUAUUUCAUUGACAAUUCUAAAAAACCAGCAGCAGGUCUUUCCUCGUAUCGCUUCGACCUGAAGUAUCCACCAAAGAAAGGUUGCGAAUCGGAAAGAGAAGACUUACCUACAGAUGACGUGAAGACUCUGGUGGAUAGAAGUAUCUUCCUCCAGUAUAACAUAUCCUACAGGGAUAUGUUUAAAGGAAGAAGCAAGGAAUUUAUCAAAACACUGUUCGAAAACUGUGGAUAUCAAUUCGCCGAAGGGGCUUUUGAAGAAUUGUAUCAAUUAGCUUUGGCCCAUGAUAAAACUGGUAGCGUAUGUGUAGAUACUUUCAACAAAAUUGUGAAGCAGCACCAGCUUCCUAUGAAAAAAAUUGUAGAUGAGUUAGCUUGUAUACCAGAGGAAAUAAGGAAACCAUGUGCAUGCGUUUAAUACUCGUGAUAUGUUUAUGUGGAUGAAUUUGUAUAUUUAAUUUAGUGCAGACACUUUACAUCUAGUUUAUUUUUUUGAUUUUUUCCAUUUUUUUUUUAAUAUAAGAAUUUUGUAUUUUAUUGUAUAGCAGCUCUUUUUGUUCUAAGGAAAUUAAAGUA